CAGAGACGCCCCUGGAGGAGGAGGAGGGAGCAGGUCCAAAACAGUUAUCUAGAAAGAAGCAUGGAAUCACAAAGGAAGAGAAACUGCUGUUUCAUGGUGUAUCUUGAAGGUUUAGAUCAGGAGAAAAAUGAAAAGGAAAUAGAGACUGGGAGCAUCCAGAAGGCAUUUCAGAAGUUCAGAAGAAAACGACAGGAGCAGCUGCAGAUGCUCCGAGGGAAGAAACUGUCCAUACAGAGCAGACUUCAGGAUCCUGACUACCGGUGGCAGCUGCGGAUGAAGUUUCUGGAGCAGGCAAAGAGUUACAUAGGUGUGCCCUACGCCAAGAAGUAUCACGAGCCAGGCACUCCAGAGUACGAAUCCCCAUUCUUCCUGGAUUGCUGCGGACUGAUUCGAAGGGUGGUGCGUGACUUACAAUCGGAAUUUGGCUUUUGCAUCGGCCCAGGAAACCAGGCAUAUCAGUACGAUACACUCCCCAUCACUCUGCCCAGUGAGGAACACAUGAAGCCGGGAGACCUCAUCUUCAUUUCAGGAACGUACUUCGACCCAGAACGAAGGAGGCAAUUCCAUGACAUUGUCCACGUGGAGAUCUGGCUGGGGUCUGGUGAGCGCAGCCUGGGAGCUAGGUGGAAAAGGGGCAGACUGCAGAUCUUUGAUUCCUACAGGUUUGUCUCUCCCUCCUACGGAGACAUGGAAUAUCACUUCAAGUCCAUUGAAACUUGGCUCCAAGGCACCUGUGUCAGUAUCUUGAGCUUUAUCUGGGGAUUCAAAUUCAAAGAUGUUAUUAUGAUUUCAAAGACCUUAGUUGCUAUUGAAAGAUGCAACUUAGCUGUUGCUGCACAAAUAGGCCACAAAUUAUUAUUUGAAAUUCAGUGGAAAUUCAUUCAGAAAUGCCAGAUAACCUCAUAA